CUCAGAUUCACCUGCAGACGGGACAUGAUGGGGUGAAAAUCCGGCGCACCUCCAGGUGCAAACCAGAGGAUACAGAGACAGCUCAGCAGGAGGAAAUAACAAAGAGAUUCAGCAGGAUUACAAGUCUGAACAGAAAGACAAACUUUGGAUAGAAAUAGACACAGUAAGAAGAAGUGAUACGGGAACUGAAGAUGAACCUGUUAGUCAUCAUCACCAUACUUGCAGCAUUAAGUGUUGAUGUGGCUUUUUCAUACAGGAAGUCCAAAAAGAGAAGGCUACCUGAGCCUUGGCGCACCAGAGAUGAGAUGUGUCGGACUGGAGACGGGAGCAGCUACAGAGGAUUUGUGGCAGAGUCUAUGACCGGGCGCAUCUGCCUGAAGUGGAGCAGGUUUAAAAACCCAUGGGGAGCUUCUAAAGGAGUUGAAAACCAUAACUACUGCAGGAAUCCUGACCGGAGUUUGAUGCCAUGGUGUCAUGUCCGGAGAAACGGGAAGUAUGUGAGAGAAUUCUGCAGUAUUCCUAAAUGUUCUGCAGAGACACGGAGACCUCCAAAGGCUGUUGAUACAGAGCUGACCUGUGGUGAGAGGUCUGAGCGGAGGCUAAAUAAAAUCGUAGGUGGUUCUUUUACACCUAUAGAGUCUCACCCAUGGGUGGCUGCUCUCUUUCAGCAGCGGACUGGUUUCCUGUGUGGUGGCUCUCUCAUCGCACCAUGCUGGGUCGUUUCAGCGGCACACUGUUUCUCUGAUGGUGAUCAGACCAACAUCAAGCGCCUGUCUGUGUUCCUGGGGAAGUCUGCCAUCAAUGAAACUGAUGCUGACUCAGAGCAGAGCUUCACCGUGGAAAAACUCAUCAUCCACCAAAAAUACAAUGAGUCAAACUAUGACAAUGACAUUGCGCUGUUGAAGAUCAAAAGCAAAAGUGGGGGCUGUGCGGUGAGGUCAGCGUCCGCCAGGGCCGUGUGUCUUCCUCCGCUACACACCCAGCUUCCGGCAGGAAUUCAGUGCAGCAUUGCCGGAUUUGGGAGGGAGAAAUUCUUCGCAUGGCAUAAGUCCCAGUACCUGAAACAAGCUGAAGUGAAACUGAUCUCUCGGGCUGUAUGUAAAAGUGAAUCGUACUACGGAGACCUCAUCACUACGAACAUGCUAUGUGCUGGGAGCCCAGACUGGAGCACUGAUGCCUGCGAGGGUGACUCUGGUGGUCCGCUGGUGUGCCAGGUGUCGGACCGGAUGUUUCUGUUUGGGGUGGUGAGCUGGGGCGAUGGCUGUGCCAGGAAGAACAAACCAGGUGUUUACACACAGGUCACCAACUACAACAAGUGGAUUGAAGCAAAAACAGGGCUCUAUAAAUUCACAAAUGGGGUCAUGUUUCCCCAAAAGUAAAGCCAGGCAGAGUGUUCAUGCAGUUUUUUAUUUCAUGAAGGAAUUUUUGGCAGCAGAAUUGAAGUCUUGCAAGCAUUUUACUUUUAGAGAAGCUAAUGUGUGUUUCUAUCUUUAGAAAUUUCAGUUUUGCACUUUUAAAAUUUCUCAAGUGUGAGUAUUUUUAUAUAUUUCGUUGUACAUAGUAAAUAAUAUUUUAUAACUUGUGCAUGAAUUUUUUAUACUCAGGUUAUGUAUUUAAGACAACAAGCUAUAUAAAUGUUUAUUUUGAGCAUUUUGUUGAAGGCUGGCCCUGCUGUUGAGCACUUUUAUAAUGAAUUAAAGUGUUUUUUACA